CACAAAAUCCCUUCAUUUCUCCUUAGAUAUUUUCUCUCUCCACCACUUGUCCCUUCGCCGUCGGUGGCACCACCUCACCUCACCUCACCUCCAUGGAUUCCCAAACCUGCCACCUCACCAUCUCCACCUCCACCGCCGCCGCCGUCGCCCACACCCUUCUUCUCCUCAUCCAAGAUGAUCCCACCAACCCCUGUUCCAAAAUUGAAGCCGCUAACGAGAUCCGGCGACUCACCAAGACUUCUCAGCGGUGUCGCCGACAAUUCUCCGCCGCAAUUAAACCCCUUGUGUCGAUGCUCCGUUCUCAGUCACCGGAAGCCAACGAAGCUGCCUUGCUCGCUCUUCUUAACCUCGCUGUUAAGGACGAAACCAACAAGAUUACAAUUGUGGAAGCUGGUGCCUUGGAACCAAUCGUAGGUUUUCUUCAAUCCGACAAUUCAACCAUGCAAGAACAUGCAACGGCGGCGUUAGUCACUUUAUCAGCAUCUCCGGUGAAGAAGUCCGCCGUGGGAGCAUCUGGGGUCAUCCCACUUCUCUUAAAAAUCAUAAACCACGGCUCCCCACAAGCCAAAAUGGACGCCAUUGUAGCUCUCUCCAAUCUCUCAACAGAACCCGAUAAUCUCUCAUUAAUUCUCCAAUCUCACCCGAUUCCCACAUUAACAAACAUCCUCAAAACCUGUAAAAAAACCUCAAAAAUCUCCGAAAGAUGCAUUUCGCUUCUAGAAACUUUAGUCGAUUACGAAGAGGGAAGAGUUUCGCUGACGUCAGAAGACGGUGGAAUACUUGCGGUGGUUGAAGUUCUCGAAAGUGGGACCCAUCAGAGCCGGGAACACGCAGUGGGAACACUUUUAACUAUGUGUCAAAUCGAUCGAGGUAAAUACAGAGAACCGAUACUUAAAGAAGGUGUAAUCCCUGGACUUUUGGAGCUUACAGUUCAAGGAACUCCGAAGUCACGAACAAAAGCGCACACCCUCCUCCGGUUGCUCCGGGAAUCGCCGUACCGGAGAACGGAACUCGAGGCUGACACACUUGAGGAUAUAUUAAGUAAUAUAAUAUCGCAAAUCGAUGGAGAUGAACAAUCUGGGAAUGCGAAGAAGAUGCUUGCAGAAAUGGUGCAAGUUAGUAUGGAGCAAAGUUUGAGACAUUUGCAAGAAAGGGCUUUCGUUUGUACUCCAUGUGAUCUUCCGAUUUGUGCUUCGGAAGUUUCUUUGAAGUAAGUUAUGCCGGUUUUCAUGGCUUUUUCCGAUGGUGUUCGGGUUUUCCGAUGAUAAAAAUAUACCAAAGUUGGUAAAGCCAGUCCAGGCCUUGUGGAGUUGUGGU